AUUUUAAAUAUUCCACUCUUCUUUGAGUCGACUAGCUAGUUGUUAUGGGAAUAACAUCUCUACCAAGUUCUAUCGUAACGUCUUUGAUGCCUCCAGAAGUAAUGAAACAAAAUAGAGAGGAUGUUAUUGCUAAGGAGAUUGGCCACGGCAGAGUGCUCACCUUGAAUCGGCCUGACCAUUUAAAUUCUAUAUCAGAAAAAAUGGUAUUAAUGCUCGGGCAGAAAUUUGAGAAAUAUGAGAAAGAUGAGAAUGUUGAAUUUGUAAUCGUUAAGGGAGCUGGCCGUACAUUCUCAGCUGGUGGAGAAUUGAAACGAUUAUAUGAUGGACGAAACACAAGGGAUUCUUGCCUUGAAUUUGGUUAUAGACUGUAUUGGUUUUGCUACCAGCUUCAAACUUAUAAGAAACCACAUAUUGUUCUUGCUCAUGGAAUGUCAAUGGGUGGAGGUGUAGGCUUGAUGGCUCCAAUGAAAUUCUCUGUCGUCACUGAGAGAACAUUUUGUUCCAUUCCUGAAGCAAAUCUAGGGUAUCACCCUGACUGUGGCUUAUCAUACAUACUCCCACGCCUUCCAGGUCGACUUGGGGAAUAUUUGGGCUUAACAGGAGCGAAUUUGAAGGGUAAAGAAGUGGUUGCUGCUGGAUUAGCAACUCAUUUUGUACCUUCACAGAAAUUAUUUCAGUUAGAGAAGAGUUUACUGAGCAUAAACAACGGUGAAGAGGAUACUAUUAGAUCUGUCAUCGACGAAUUCUCUACAAAUGUUCAAAUAGAUGAAAGAAGUGUAUUGAGCAAGUUGUCCAUAAUCGAUGAUUGUUUCUCUAGGGAAACUGUGGAGGAGAUCCUGGAUUCAUUUGAAACUGAAGCAUGCAAAAAAGGAAAUGAUUGGAUUAUGCCAGUGCUUAAAAGUAUAAAGAAAGCAUCUCCAAUUGGACUGAAAAUAACAUUGAGAUCGAUACGAGAAGGAAGGACCCAAACCCUAUCUGAAUGUUUGAGAAAAGAAUUUAGGAUUACAAUGAACACAUUACGAACCAUAAUAUCUGAUGAUUUGUAUGAGGGAAUAAGGGCUGCCAUCAUUGACAAGGAUAAGUCUCCAAAGUGGAACCCUUCAACUCUUGACAAAGUACACGAUGAGCAACUCGACUUAAUCUUCAAGCCAUUUGAAGAACAUGACUUGGAACUUCAAAUUCCAAUAAAUGAAGAAGAAUAUUGCAGGUGGGAAGGAAAAUAUGAGAGUUCUAGUUAUUGUCUCUGAACCAAAUGAAAAUUCAAUAAUGAUGUGUGGA